AGGAGUUACAGCAGACUGUAACACAGCAUGUUAUCUCUGAACUUUGACAUGCAGAAAGGAGUAGACAGCUGCUAAGAGAAACAGAGCAGAGAACAACAAUAAGGAUAGAGAAUAUUUUACAGAAGUGACCGCAGUAUUUUCAGACAAAAACUCAGGUUACAGUUUCUUCUGCUUGAAUCACUGACGGCGACGAUGGUUGGCGGUGUGGGUGUCGCCUUGACUCUCUUCAUGUGUGUUCUUGGAGGCCAAGCGAGGAACCUGCUGAGAGUGAAUUCAACAUCAGGGAACCCUCCUUCCAUUCCCACAGUGCAUUGCUGGUGUGCUAGCUAUCCAAACAGGACUUUUUGCUCCUGGCCUGAACCCUCCCAAUCUCCACCACUGAACUACAUCGCUACCUACAGUGAGAAACACAGACAAGAAGUCAAACAUCAAUGUCAUCUCAUCCAACCUGGAUCCUCAUCUUCUUUUCUGGCCCCAGCCUCUUCUUCUGAACAGCUCUGGCACUGCUACCUGCCCAACCUGAAGCUCCUCACUGACUACAUCAUCAACGUCACAGCAGUUUAUUCAGGUGCCAGCAGCUCCCAUCUGGCAAGUUUCAUGUUGGAGGAUAUAGUGAAACCAGAUCCUCCCGUAAACGUCUGGGUUUCCCCUCAAGACAACAGAAACCUGCAGGUGGAGUGGUCUCCUCCCCCUACUUGGGCAUACAUGGAAAUCUUCCCCCUAAAAUACCAGGUCCUGUACCAGUGGGAAAACAGGGGCACCCCAGUGUCUGUUAAUCUGGGUCCAUUUGAGAACACCAAGAUUGAAAUGAAAGGACUGACACCAGGAAGGACUUACCGGUUCCAGGUGUGUGCAAAGGAGCUGCUGGGUUUGGGUGAAUGCAGCAACUGGAGCUCACCUUUUAACAUCACUGUACCACAUUUUUAGAGAUUAUCCAUCUCUUAGUUUGUGUUUUGUUUACAACUCUUAUGUUUAAGCUUACAGUAAAAAAUACUGCAGACAGGUUGUGUCUUUGUUGUUUUAACCAUAUGGUUGCUGGCUAUAGCUAUUAAGUUUGUAUUAUUUAUAAAAGGGACACACAUUUAAUUAUUUUAUUAUUUAUUGUAAUACUGUCAGUUUGUUUUUGUGUAGAGCUGUUUGUGUUUUAAGCUGCUUAUGUUACCUGUUCUCUUACACAUUGUGAUAAUAAAUCAGGGUGACUCAUUUCACCUCUUCUUCAUUAAUUUGUGUCAGAUCAGCAUUUGUGUGAAAAUUGAAUAAAAACAAGUCAGCUGUA